UCCUCCGGUGACGUCACUUCCGGGGCUGCCGGGGCGGGGCCGGCUAGGGCGGCUGCCCCGAGCAGUCCCGGCUGGCUUCCCCGCCGUUCGCGACCUGCCACGUCCCCAAGCCGGACCGCGGGCGCUUUCCCGCCGUUCGAGGGCCGCCGGGCCGCCGCAGGCCUGCCGCGCCCGGGUUCCCAUCUGCCAUGGAGAAACAUCUUUGAACCACAGGGCGAAGUCUAUAUCUGCAAAAUGGCAAGCCUGUAUUCCUUGGGUUCUGCUGCCAAAGUUCAGCCAGGCUCUCUUUCCAACCAUAGUAGUCUGACCUUGAUCUACCCAGUCUUCAUACCAGAUGUGUGUAAUCAGAGUGGAGCAUCUGCGUGUGUCCCACACGUGGCACAGCAUGCCAUGGCUGGGAGUGCUCUGCGAAGCUGCCCUUGCCUCCUGCAAAGCCAGACCUCACCCACCAGCACACGGUGCCAAGCCCACAACUCUCCAAGGAGGAAGGUGUCCCAGCCUGGGAGCAUGCCCUGAGCAGCUGACUCUGGUGAAUGUCCAGUGCUCAGCAGGUGGGCCACCUGCUUUGUGAAGAGACAGGCCCUGGAGAAGGUCCCCCGGCCAAGCAGCAGGGACUUGUUAGCAGCCUGAGAAGCAGUUGCUGGGAGCCCUGGACAGUGCCCGGCCUUGUUCCCAGCUCACCUGCAAGAUGUGGACAGUCCUUGUGCUCAUCUGCGUUUCCUCCUUGUCUUUGUCUGAAGGCCUCCGCCAGGAUCCAGGGCCCUCAGUCCUCAAUGAGACGUCACAUAGUUUUGCCAAUAAAAAUGCAUCUGUGAAACAAAUGAUAAAAGUCUUUAAUAAAACGAAGAUGGCCAUGGUGACCACUUCUCCUGUCAUGGUGACCACAGGGAGUUUGACAGCCAACCCCAAAUCCCCCAUGGUCACAGAAGGGCACACACCCAGAACAGACGACACCUCACCAGCUGGGGAAGGCACCCCGGACCAAGCGGCCUCCAGGGUGCCCACGCCGCCACAGCCCACAGCCACAGGACAGACUCCGCCCUCCACUGCCGUGCUCAGCAUGGCCCAUGCCCAGGCUCCCAGCAGCAGCUCAUCGCCAAGGGUGGCCCCUCUGAUGACGCUGGCUACAAGUGCUCAGAUUGCCACCGCGGCCACGGCGGGUGCAGGUGGCCAGACGGGGACACACAGUCCUUCUCAGCACAUGCCCGGUGACUCCAUAGACAGCCCCAUGCCCCCCAAGAGUCCCCAUGCACUUACCAUGUCCACACAAGGCCCCUCUGUCCAGGGGUCGACGGCUGGGCCUGUCACUGGCACAAGUUGGCCAGCACCCACCCUCUCUAACACAACUACAGAGCCCACCACCACCCUCUCUGUGGCCUCUGUGUCCACGCCAGUGAUGAGCACCACCAAGGCACAAGGCAGGGAGCCGGCUGCCAGCACAGCGUCUGCACCUGUACCUCACACCAGCCCAAACCCUGAGGUGGAUGCCACGUCCCCCACGACACAGCCAGAUCCUGCCCCAUCUACCCAAGGGGCCAUGGGGCCAGGUACUCCCCAAGCCCCAGAGCAGGUGGAGCCUGAAGCCAGCCCAGGUACUGCUUCCACCAGGCCAACACCCGGGAGCUCAGGUGACUCUAAGAUGCCAGCCACAGACUUGUGCCCGCUCAGCACCCAAGGUCAAUACCUGGUGGUCACCACCGAGCCCCUUACCCAGUCUCUGGUGAGCAGAAGUUUCCUCCUGGCGGUGCUCUUACUCGGGGUGACACUUUUUGUCACAGUUUUGGUUUUGUUUGCCCUGCAAGCCUACGAGAGCUACAAGAAGAAGGACUACACACAGGUGGACUAUCUAAUCAAUGGGAUGUAUGCGGACUCAGAAAUGUGAGGGGGAGGCCUGCACAGCUCCAGCCCAAGAGGCCGGGCCCUUCCCUCCUUGCAUUUUGCCUCUGAGACCAAACCAAGUGCUUCCAAAUUCUUUUGGUGCAAUUUAGGAGAUAUGCCAGAUGCUUAAACACAACUAAUUGCUGUCGGAUUAAUUCCAUGAUCACUGAAGAGUUGCUGCUGCUCUCGUAUUUAUUUUUGUAAGCAAUCAUGUGGAUGGGGCAGCCGGUGAUUCACCACUGACGGGCAGGUGGCCCUGGUGUGGAUCCUGACCAGAAUUAAAGCAAUGACUGCUUUCCACUCAGA